AUCUUGAAUAUAUAUUCUUUGAAGCAUUCAAAUUGUACAGUCUAUGGAUUCAAUAAAAAACUUAUUAAAUUACUCAAACACAGAGAUAAUCAUAUAUCUAAUCCUACUAAUGACAACAGCAAGCAAGCUAGUAUAUACACUCUACAAUUUCACGAAAUCAAGAACCUUGAACUUUGUGUUGACAUCGAUUGGAUUGGUUGGAUAUAUUGCUUUUCUUCCUUUGUCAUACCUUUUGGUUAGCCUCAUAGUUGAUCAUGUGAUCCCAUCAAUAAAAAAUAAUUAUACAACUUUAAAAGGUCAACAAAAUAGAACAGUUAAUAACUGGUCAGAUAUCAUGUUAGGGGCAUCUAGAGGGUUUAUACUCCUACGUAGCUCUAUAGUACUGCUGAGAGGAAGGCUCCAUACGAGCAACAGGAUUCUUAAGGGGGUUUCUGGCGAGGAAGCGAACAUAAAUGUCAGCUCAUCUGAUUUAUCAAAUGUGUUGAUUUCCAGUAGAUUGAAAGUCAGCAGAGGAGAGAUCAAGAACAUUGACAAGGAGAUAGAAGUGGGCAGAAAGAAGAUCUCUACAAAAUAUGCGGAUGAGAUUAAUAACAAUGUGUUACCAAGCGAGGUACAAAAGGCGAUAGAAAUCGAGAAAAAGGAAUCAAGUAACAGCAACUACAAUAAUAGUAAUAAUGAUAAUGACCACAAUGCUAAAUAUUCUUCAAAGAAGUUUGAGAAGAAAUCCAAGAAGUCAACGUCUGAAGUGGGAUCAGACUCUAAGAAUCCAGCCCUUGUUAGAAGGGCCAAGAAAGCACUUGAGCAUAGUGAUAACUUCCGUGGCAAGGGUAAAAUCCAUGUUGGUGACAAGCCAGUAAUUCAGAUCAAACCGUUAGAGGGAGACAAGGUCCCCAGGUUGGCUCACAACUUGGAUAGAGCACUUUUUUCUCCUGGGGUUCAUUUUCUUCAAGAUCCUAGAACCAGAGUGUUUAAUUUCCCACCAUAUUUGAAGAACAUCAUCAAGCUCGAAGAUUUUGACUUUGAGUCUAUUCUGGCUUUCACCGCUUCUUCAAAAGAUAAGUUGUUGUUAGCAGAAGCUGUGAAACAUGGUAAGCAAUUCUUUUCAUCAACUUCAUCAAUGACUGGGGUAUUAUCACAAUUUUAUUUAUUUUUCAAUCAAUAUAAUCCUGAAAAUGAAGUUAGAUUUGGGUUUCCUCAACUUUCCAAGGCCACUACAACCCUUCCAGCAUCUGUUAUAGUUCAACCAAAGGGUAAGACUAAAGAUGGGAGAACUGUUUAUUCUAUCGAUUCAGAUAAAUCUGCUGAUACUGAAAUUGUAUUACUGGCAAUGGGACAUGUUUUAGAAACCCUUCUAACUACAAGUGAAAAGGAUUUUGAAUCUUUUAAAGUUGGGAAUAAUUCUGAAAAGAACAUUAAAGUUGCGGAAAAUAUCUACAAUUAUGCCGCAUAUGGGAACUUUAUUAUGAGAUCACAACUUGAUUGUUACGAUGAAAGACUUCCUGGUAAUGGGACGUUUGAUUUAAAAACUAGAGCCGUUUGUGCCAUUAGAUAUGAUAAUGCAAACCCAGACAUACAAAACAAUACAUAUCAAAUAUGGAAAUCCAAGGGGAGAUAUGAAUCAUUCCAAAGAGAACAUGAAGACUUGAUCAAGACAGGAGCUUUGCUCAAGUAUGGAUUCCAGGCUAGAAUAGGACAAAUGGACGGGAUUUAUGUUGCAUAUCAUAAUAUUAAUUCAUUCUUUGGAUUUGAAUAUUUACCAUUGAGUGAAAUUGAUAAGGUGUUCUUUUCAGAUGCACGUGCUGUGGAGCCACAUCCAUUAAGUUUAAAAUCAUUAGAGGAUGUAAGAGAUGAUGAACCUACGAAAAUUGCCGAUAUGCAAUUUAAACAAUCACUUGAAUUAUGGGAUAAUGUCUUACAAAUGAUUUUAAAAGAUUUAGAAGAAAAUUACAAGGAUACCGCAUUUAGAUUGGUGGUUAAGGCAGAAGAUACUGAGGAUGAACCAUAUUUGAGAGUAUUUGCAUCGCCAAUGACCAAGGAUAAAGAGGAAAAACUCCAAGAUCUUCCAAAGGCGUUUAAAACAAGUUUUAGAGCGGAUAUUCCAUUGGAAAAGAAAAUCCAAGAAUUGACAGAUCAUCGCGAUGAAUUAAUCAAAUUUGAAAAUGGAAUUGAAAAAUCAUUCUCUUAUAAAGUCCAUGUACAACAUGUUUUUGGAAACUUUAUGCACAACCCAGCUACUGGAUCACCAUAUCCAAGAAAGGGAUCUGCAGACUGGAAGGUGAGAUAUAUAAUGUUCAAGGAACACGAAAAAGAAAGUAGCAGAUUGCAACAAUUGAUGGUUGCCAAGGCGAACAUGUUACUCUCGAGUUACGAAAAGAAGGGCAAACUCAAUGAGAAGGAAAACGGGGAUGAUGUCACUAUGCAGAAACUGGCCCCGCUCGAGGGCGCGUCGCCAGAAGAAAUUGAAGAUUUGACAUCCACUGAAUCCAAUGAAACACUUUUUGCAAAUGCUGGACGUAACCCAAUGAGAAUAUAUUCUGCUAUUGGAAAACUUCGUUCAGAACAAUGGAAGGCCUUGGAGGAGAAUCCAGUGGUUUACAAACCAAAAAACAAUUGAAACGACACACAAAGAAUGGCCUUCCCGCGUUCUCACUAUGGGUUUUUCCACCCACCCUGUAUAUAGAC